GGAAGUAGAAUUGUUAAACUCCUUCUUUUUCCUUUCGCUGGUUACCUUCCACCCGAGGAGGACCGAAUAACGAUGGCUCUUUAUAACUUUAAGAAGAUUAUGGUGGUUCCCACCGCAAAGGAUUUCAUAGACAUCACAUUAUCGAAAACCCAAAGGAAAACCCCCACGGUUGUACAUAAGCACUAUCAGAUCCAUCGCAUCAGGCAUUUCUACAUGAGAAAAGUGAAAUUCACCCAGCAAAACUAUCACGACAGGCUUUCUCAAAUCCUGACGGACUUCCCAAAGCUGGACGACAUUCACCCGUUUUAUGCUGACUUGAUGAAUGUGCUGUAUGAUAAAGACCACUACAAGCUGGCCCUGGGACAGAUAAACAUAGCAAAGAAUCUGAUUGACAAUGUUGCCAAGGACUAUGUGAGGCUAAUGAAGUACGGGGAUUCCCUGUACCGCUGUAAGCAGCUGAAGCGGGCAGCUCUGGGCAGGAUGUGUACCAUCCUGAAGAGGCAGAAACAGAGCCUGGAGUACCUGGAGCAAGUGCGGCAGCAUCUCUCCCGUUUGCCAACCAUUGAUCCCAACACAAGAACCCUCCUGUUGUGUGGCUACCCCAAUGUUGGCAAGUCAAGCUUCAUCAACAAGGUAACCAGAGCGGAUGUGGAGGUACAGCCAUAUGCUUUCACCACCAAAUCCCUGUUUGUCGGCCACAUGGACUACAAGUACCUACGCUGGCAGGUGGUUGACACCCCUGGGAUCCUGGACCACCCGCUGGAGGAGAGGAACACCAUCGAGAUGCAAGCCAUCACCGCCCUGGCCCACCUGCGCUCGGCCGUGCUGUACGUCAUGGACGUGUCCGAGCAGUGCGGCCACACCCUGGAGCAGCAGCUGGAGCUCUUUAACAACAUCAAGCCCCUCUUCGCCAACAAGCCUUUGAUCGUGGUGGCCAACAAGUGUGAUGUGAAGAAGAUAAACGAGCUCUCGGAGGAGAACCAGAAAAUCUUUACAGAUAUCAUUGCUGAGGGCAUUUCUGUGAUCGAAACCAGCACGUUGACCGAAGAGGGGGUGAUUCAGGUCAAAACCGAGGCUUGUGAUAAGCUGCUUACUCAUCGUGUCGAGACGAAAAUGAGAGGAAAGAAGGUGCAUGACGUUCUCAACAGGCUGCACCUGGCUUUGCCUGCCAAGAGGGAUGAGAAGGAGCGACCUCCUUUUAUUCCGGAAGGUGCCAUGGCUCGCAGGAAGGCAAUGGAUGUCGAUGCGCCUAAACGCAAACUGGAGAAAGAUCUGGAGAUGGAGCUAGGUGAUGAUUAUGUUCUGGAUCUCCAGAAAUACUGGGACCUGAUGAAUGAGGAGGAGAAGAAGGACACAAUCCCUGAAAUAUGGGAAGGCCACAACAUUGCCGAUUACAUUGACCCUGAAAUAAUGAAGAAACUCGAGGAGCUGGAGAAAGAGGAGGAGCUCAAGGAGAAGGCCGGGGAGUACGACUCUGACGAGGAGAGCGAGGACGAGGAGAUGCAGGAGAUCAGGCAGUUGGCCAAGCAGAUCCGUGAGAAGAAGCAACUGAAAGUUUUGCAUUCCAGAGAGAAGGACAUUCAUGGCCCCAGGAUGCCCCGAACCGCCAAAAAGGUGGAGAGGAAGACCCUAGAGAAAGAGAUGGGUGAUCUUGGCCUUGAUAUGAACAACACAGACGAUACUCAUUAUGUAGCACAGGCCCGCAGAUCCAGGAGCGUCGCCAAGAAACGCAAGCGGGAGGUAUCCCAGGCCCCCACAUCCCGAACCCGCAGCCAGAGUGCUUCCCGCCCCCCGAGGGACAAGUCCGGAGUCCGAGAUGCAAAGAUGUUGAAGAAGGUCAAGACAAUAAUGAAGAACUCACAAAAGGGCAUGAACAGAAUGGGCAAAAAAGGAGAGGCUGAUAGACAUGUUUUCGACCUCAAGCCCAAACAUCUGCUAUCUGGCAAGAGGAAAUCUGGUACCAAUGACCGCAGAUAAUCUCCCAUAGAGAGAGUGAUGUCUUCUAUGCUGGCUCCACUCUCCACCCAGGGUGGUGUCUAACACGCCAGGUUGUUUAACUGAUUCUGCUUUUAUGAAAGCUAGAUUUUUACAGAUGCAAAUUGCUUUUUUUUUUCCUUCUUUUUUUUGCCCUGUUUCCUUCUUCAAGCAGGAUAUCCCCUGUAAUGUGGUGGAGAGCAGGGAACUUGACUGCUGGUACAAAGCAGGAAAAUGCAUUUCCUUUAACAAGGUGUAUACAAAUGAAAUGACUUCCUGCCAUGUAGAAAUGCCACACCAGUCUCUGUACUCUUCAGACUGAGUCUGUGGGCAAGUCCUGCCACAGUAUUAAUGUGGUCCAAAUGAAAUUCUUCCACAAGGUUAGUGAGUCGCCCUGUGAUGAGUACUGUGUAGGUGUUUCGAUCUGUAAAAGCGGAGGUUGUAGGAACAGAACAGAUUUCGGGAUUUCCAUUUAUGAGGCUUGUUGCAGGUCUGCCACAUGCUAUUUAAUUCCCUCAUACGAUUCUGAUUGUGAUUAUGAAUGCAUUACAGCAUAUGUGUUGGUGGACCUAAGAUGUAUUUGUACAGCCUAUUUAUGGAUAUCCAGGAAUGUAAUCUCUUUUCUUUCUGGUAAAUCAUCAUGGACUGUUCCCCCACAGUGACUAAUAUUAAAACAUUCAAAAUACAAA